AUGCGCUCGCGGGAGGGGAGCAGCAGCCCCUGCUCGUCUGGAUCCGCUGCCAUCGUCGCGCGCCGCCGCCUGUCUGACCGCCGUUCCGGCUCUCCACUGCCCAUCCGCGCCAUCAUACUCAUCUCCGCCGGUCGCGGAGCUGGCCGUCUGCCCGUCGCAACGGCCUCCGCCGUCGUGGAUCCGCCCGUUGCGGAGCCGCCGGCCGCCUGUCCACCUCCCGUCGCGGCCUCCUGCGCCGCCUGUCGUGGACCGUCCUCCCGUCGUGGCUUAGCAGCAGCAAGAUCUUCACCGCCGUCGGAUCCGCGCCGUCGUCCUCCACCGCCGCCCGUCGUGGCCUCCCUCCGCCCGCGCGCGUCUGCGCGCCUCCAUUCGCUGCCGCCUGCGCGUUCGCCCGACCACGGCCGUCCGCCGGGCGUCGGCUGCCUGUCGUCGUCGGUCCUCCUCUUGCCGCCCGUCGGGGCUCCUCCUGGCGCCGCCGGCCACGGCCAUCUGCGGCCGGCCGUCCGCCCGUCGCGGAUCAGCUCGUCCCCGCUUGUCGCCUGCCGCCCGUGGCAGCACGUCCUCUGCACCGCCUGCCCAUCCAUCCGCAUCGUCGCGCAGCGCCCGUCCGCGCUGCCCGGGCGCGUCCGUGCGGCCUCCUCCUCCGUCUGCUGGCCGCCGUUGCGGCCUCCUCUCGUCCCGUCGCGCGGCCGCUCGUCGCCUCAUCUUCAUCAACCGCCGCUCGUCAGCCGUCAUCCGUGCCACCACCCCACCCUCCUGCCUGGCUGCCUGCUUGCGAGGGCAAGCUUUUGCUCCCGCUGUUGUCAUGCUGGGCCUCAUUUUGGGUUGUUGCCUGCUGGAGGCCCGGUUGAGGAGGGUGCCCAACUUUAG